AAUUAGUCUUGAUUUGUGGCGCGAAAUUCACUUGUGCAUUUGGCUAAAUAGAUUCUUGGCAUUAUAGUGUAUGCCAGUUUAUAAUAUGGAUGAUUUCCUCUACUAAAUACAUCACGAGUUUAGAACUACUGAACAUUUUUCUAAGACGGACAAGUUUUUAAACCACGUAUAAGAAGUCUAUCCACUUUUUCUCUGAUCUUGUAUUAUACAUUUUUGCCCUGUACUUACCGUUCGGUGAUUGGCUAACAUCAUUCAAGGUCAUUUCGGAUUCGUUCUAAGGCUGUCCGAAGAUUAUAGUCUCAUCAAGGACUUAGAACGCUCGCGUUUCGUCGAAGGGAUGAUCGUCGGCCCACUAAGAGAACGGUUUUUCCGAAGCCUACCAGUCUGAAAGGGCGUGGGUUCGAGUCCCACUUUUUGGACUGGUGGGCUUUGGAAAAACUUCUCUUAGUGGGCCGGGGACCCUCCCUUCGACGAAACGCUAGCGUACUAAGUCAUCUUGUCCCAUGACAUCUAGACGAGGAAAUACCUGAACCGCUACUUGCUGCAAGGAGUUGAGGUAGUCGAUUGGAUUAUCACUUUCUGGUGACGCGAUAAGAACUGGAUAGUCACCUUCUGGGUGAUCCCGGGUAGGAAAAAACAGUCACCUAGGGUUUUCCAAUUUUGCUCUAGUGCAUUGCUUGCCGCAAAGCCGUUGGCUGUAGCUCUUUUUACUGCCUCAUCACUAGAACAAAAGGCGACGCCCAGAGAGAUGAUGAAGGGACUAUAAUCUUUUUGUCUAACAUAUCCUUCAUCAUUGCCCAAGCAACCAACAGAGGGGAGAUAAAGGAGGAAAACGCGUCAGAAUGUUUCCUUUUUCGCCUGUUCGAGGGAAAUAAUGCGGAUUUCCCUUGGUCGCCCUGCAAUAGAAAGAAGACAGAAUCAAUUAACAACGUCAUAGAUUGUGAUUUCAACCCAAUUACAUUGCGACCUCACGCUUUUCAAAAAGUGAAUAACCGUUGUUUUUAAAGGAUUCCCGAGCUCCCAAUUUAGGGGAAAACCUGACCCAUUUUUAUGAGAUUUUGGGGGAGCCGCUUUAGUGAACGUUGGGGAAAAAUGGCACAAAAGCCCUGAAAUUUCCCCAGACCUGAGGAAAUUCCCCAAAAUUUCCUCAGAAUUUCGCAAAUUUCCCCAAACUUGGGAGCUUGGGUUUCAUGGGUUGUGGAAAGGGGAGCACAGUCUAGUUACUUCGUAUCUGUCUUAUUUGUUUGUCCUUUUUGUUUGUUUGGGUUAUGUAUACUGAUAUAAAUAGCAGUUGGAUAUCCAUCACAUGUGAUGGGUGACGAUAAUGCAUCUUCGUUGUAAGAGCUAAAUUCGCCAAUGGUUUAUCAAGAUGUGGUAAAAAUAAGUUUCAUUCACCAUUUAAAGCGUUGUUUGCCAGAAAUGUGUCCUAAUAUUAUAUUCAAUCUAAAAUCGCAUGCACUUACUACGUAUGCUUAAUCUCAUAAUGUAAUAUGUAUACGUGAAAAAGUAGAUGGAUGUACAUGAAAUGAUCUGUCCGAAAAUUAUAAUCACAAUGAAAAAGUUUCAAAAAACAGUAAGGUUCCAUUGGUACAUCAAUGUUGCUAUUCAGAAUCCUUAUACUGAAAUUCAAUAUUAAUCCACCUUUGUUAUAAUGUCACUCCAAUAAUUUAAUUUGUAACAGUCUACUACAAAGCGAAUCUUACAAUAGUGUUAAUCAACACUAAACAAUGCUCCCACUGGAUAGCAAAAAGUUAUUUCAAAUUAUUACCUAAAUUAUCCCUUCACCCUCAAUGACAUCUCUGUAGUUUGUCUCGUCAUGAAAAUAGCCUUGCGCUGUGAUCUCGUAUAAAUCCGCAGUCUUUGUGUCAGUGGAAAAUAAAAAGCUUAGUGUUAUCGCGCCUAAAGGUUAAGAAUAAGAAAUCCCGUUUUACUCCGUAUGGUGCCAUAAAACCGGACUUCUGGAAAUCUCAGCUCUUUCCAAGUAGUUUAAGGAUCCUGGCUACCCAGGUUCCAUGACAUAGGACAAAAUAUAGCGCAUAAAGAUUUUGGAUUAUCAUCUAGUGAUCGCGUCUCCAUGGCCAUCUGACAUUUAAAUUGGUAAUGAAAAAAAAGAGUGAACUUUAGGUUUGUUAUUCAUGUUGAAGACAUCUACCCAUGGUUUUCAGUUCCUCUUCAGUUGAUAAAGGGAAAUGAGAAUUUGGUGAUCCAGUACCAAGUUUUUGUUGAUUAUCACUAACACUAUACUUAGACGGUUAUAUAAAACUGCCUAACGUCAUCACUCAAUUUAAUAUUGUUGAUGACAUGUACUACAGAACAAAAUGUAGUUUUGUAAAUCCAAAAAAAAACAGACUUUAAUUGCAACUGUUACUUACUCACCUGCGAUUCUAGUGCCAACGUAUGUUGACAUGGAAGUUGAACGCAGGACUGCAACUUGUGUGGGACUUAUACAUGUUUAUAUAUUUAACGUACCGACUGCAAUUGGAGAUACUGGUGUGCCCAGCUUUCUGAAUCCCGAAUACUGAGCACGACUGUUUUCAGCCUGCACUUCAACACUCAUGUCAACGGAGUUAUACAGGUACUCUGGUUUCCAUUUUACUGCGUCUGUAAAAUAUUGACGUGAAUAACGUACUUACAUUGUGGACUUCUUUGUACUCAGUGGUAAUUUUCAUCAGACAGUCAGUCAGUCAUCAGACAAACUUUUGGCAUGUCAACUGGCCAAUUAUCUGAACAAAGCUAAUAACUCCUUAGGAGUUUGCACAUUAUUUUGGGAAAUGAGUGUGUGUAGAUCACCUCUGUAAUAACCCACAUGUAAUAACCAGCCUAUUGUCAUCUGGUUGAGCAAUUUUUCGGGUACAUUUUCGGAAAACUGGCAGGAUACUGCAUAGUUCGUGAACAAGUUACUUGCUUGCUACAACAGUUAGUUGGUUCUUGCUUGAUGAGUUGUUGACUACGAACUCUUUAGUUUUUGGCUAAAUGAUAUUUUAAAUUCAGAAAUUAGUUCAAAUUAAUAGCUUGUGAGUAAGUGAAACACAAAAAUGUAUUCAGUAGCGGGACUAUCACAAGAUUAUGUACUUAUUUAGUGGAUAUGCACUUACAAGAUACAUCUGUAAGUGCAACGUGCCCAUGACUAACAAGAACAUCGAUGUACCUAUGUCAUUGUCAUGAUGCAUAAAAACAUUUCGUUUUGUAAACUUGCUAAUUAGUUAUUGUUUUAUAUUCAAUGCUCAAAAAUUCCGGUAAAUUAUAGUGCUCUUGCAGCCACUUUUCCAAAGGUUUUCACGUCUGUUACUACUUGAUCUCUGUUAGUUUCUCUAUAGUCUUAUCAUCUUCUGAAGAUUGCUUACAAUAUCAACUUAAAUCUUGAGACUUUAUUUUCGAUUUUGAGAUGGUCAAAUGAUCUAACUUCACUCAAGAUCACUGACUAUUUAAAAAUAUCAUUACUUGUCCUAGUAAAGAUCAUUCGCCGAUUUUUGAAAUUGUUUCAUUUGUGUUACCUUUAAUCUUCAACCACUUCGGAAGCGAUGACUUUAUAGUUUGACGAGAAAUCAAGCGACAAAGAUGAAAUACUGUCCAUUGCAUUUUAUAAGCAUAUUUUAUGUAUUGAGAUCUGGAUUGUUUUAUGAGAUAUCGCUCACAAUUUGAAACGCAAAUGAAUCCUAAGGGUGAAAAUAUUGCUUAGUAAUGUUUGAGAGCUCAGUGUUCGUUCGAAUCAAGGAUUAGUAUGUAUUCAGUGCUUAUUAAUUCUGUAGUGGAACUGGGAAUGCUUCGCCAUAUAACGUUCACUGCAUGUUAAUAACGAUCUGGACCUAGUGGGUUUCUGGCUUUAUAGUAAGAUCAGUGGGCUCAGUGAGUUACAUGUCUGAAACUUUAUGAACCGUCUCCCUCAAUCUUCUUACAAUUAUCCCAUCUAAUCAGCGUUUGACUGUAGUAGAUCGCUAUUAAAAUGUCACAAACAUUUUAGUCGAUGAGUUUUUGUAGCUUCAUUAGCUGAUUUACCACGUUUUACUAGUACCCUAGAUUUAAUUACACCACUACUCCCUUUUGCGUUCUAUUAUACAUGGGGGGGGGUGCUUUAAAGACCUCUACGGACUAAUACUAUUAAGUUACGUAUAUUCUCUACCUUCAAAGUUUAUGCUUAUCAGUCACUGCAAAACUCCGUCCUUUGGUUGAUAGAUUAACAUGUUUUCGCUAUAUGAGGGACCCAAUUUCAAAGGUGUAUCAAAUUCUUAUGAUAGGAGUGUUUAAUGCUAUUUUGCACCAAGAAAUUAGUUAAAUAAUCUUCAUUUUCACAGACAAGUUCAAACGCGAUGACAAUGAAAGAUUGAAAUUUAAUACUGUGCUACAGUCUAUGAGUUCACUUAAGAUUUUCGUAACUGAAAUACGCUGAGAAGCAAAUUUUCGUCCUGUCUACUUCAAAUACUCGUUACAAUAAACCUGUUUUCUAUCGAAUUGAGAAAGGAACAGUGAAGUCAAGUGACUUUUGUAUUUAAUACUAGUCUUUUCAUGAUAAUGUAUUCUCGACAGAAAUAAAGUCCCAGUGUUUAUUUUUUAACAGGACUUGAAGUAAGAGUUGAGUAUCAGGUUCAUUUAUUUGUGUGAUUUUUGACCAUUUUUUUUUACUGAGAGUGUGGUAGUCAUAAUAUUUUAUUCGAAGGUUAAAACUGUUAAGAAGUCAAAGAUAAUGAUGAAAGACUUCUGUGUUGCUUGUUUUCCCUCACUUUUUUGAAUAAGAGUUCUUGAUAAAAUUUAAAAUGAUAUAUCAUUGUUCCCAAGGUUUAUUACUCUGUCACCCUUAUUUUUUCCACAGGUGGUUAGUUCUCACUCAAACAACUUUCUCUGGUAAUAUCCUUCAAAUUAAUGUCGCUUGGCCAAAAUUUUUCUGACGUAAUCCUUGUUUCUAUAUGAAAGUUACUGGAUUUAAACACUGAAACCCGGAUUAGAAACAUGCCACAAAUUGCAAUCGAUGGUGUAGAGAUUGAUUUUCCUUAUCAACCAUAUGAUUGCCAAAUUGAAUAUAUGACAAAGGUUCUGUUAUCAUUAAAUGAGGGUAAACAUGCCAUUUUGGAGUCACCUACUGGUACCGGUAAAACGUUAUGCCUGUUAUGCGCUUCAUUGGCAUGGCUUAAUAAACAAGCGAAUUCAGUACAAUCAAUAACAAAUGCUAAACAUCAAAAUACAAUGGGUAAACGGCCUACCAGUGAUAAUGUUGAUAAUACGUUAUCUCAUCAGAAUUUUCUUGCAAGUUUGGGUAAAGUGAAUAAUGGAUGUAAGAUUAUUUUUGCAUCAAGAACCCAUUCACAACUAGCACAGGCUAUUAAUGCAUUAAAACGGACGGUUUAUUCAAGACAUAGCGUCAGUGUCGUCGGGUCAAGAGACCAAUUGUGUCUUCUUCCCGAUGUAGCGUCGUUAGAGUCGAAUUCUGCCAAAAUUUAUGCGUGCCGUAUGAGAGUCCAAACGAGAACGUGUGAAUAUUUCAGGAAUUUUGACUCUAAACGUGAUGAUAUUUUAACCAAUUUAAAAUCUGAAGGUAUUGUCGAUAUUGAAGAUUUAUCUAAUUAUGGUCAAAAAAUAAAAUGUUGUCCUUAUUUCAUAUCGAGAGAACUUAAAACCGAUUCAUCUUUGAUUUUCAUGCCUUAUAAUUACGUGCUUGAUCCUCGAAUUCGAAGUCUUUAUAAUAUUAAUCUUGAAAAUACAACAGUUAUUUUCGAUGAAGCUCAUAAUAUUGAGCAAGUGUGCGAAGAUGCUUCAUCAGUGACAUUAAGUUCUGCUUUAUUAGCGUCAGCUAUUGAACAUGUUAAAUGUGUGUGCGAAGUUGUAUUUGAUCAUACUAAGGAGCAUCAAGAAAUAGAACUUUCAGAGAGUAACUGCAACAUGAAUCAAAAUAGUGAACAAAAACUCUCAGUUAUAACGAAUAGAAAAGGGUUGUUUGAUAUGACACAUCCUGAAGAAAAUGCAAUUGAAGCUUUGAGCAUUGAAAAAAUGAUUACAUUAAAAGGACAGUUGAUAGAAUUAGAAAGAUUAAUUGAUGAAUUAAAUGUCCCUCCGGAAGGUCUUACCAAAGAUGGCGCUUUCAUCUUUGAUCUUCUUAGUCGAGCUGGAAUCAAUCACUGGACCAAUAACACUUUACAAACCGUAAUCGAUGAAAUUAUGUCAUUCACUAAUUCAACACAUAAUGUCAAAAUUCGCAAAACCAAAGGUUUACACGAAGUCAGUGAGUUUCUAAAAACUGUGUUCGGGUACCUCCCGGGUGAAGCAAAUGUAACUUUCAAUUUCAAGACACACUUUAAACUACAACAUAAUGAUUCAAUCUCGUGUUAUCGUUUACAUAUUAAAGAUGAUAUAUUAUCAGCUAACAAUUGUAAUAAGUAUGGUAAAAAUGCUUGGGAUAUGCAGCCUAAUACUACUACUACUGUUGGUGCAGCUAAUCGUACAAUUAGUUAUUGGUGUUUCAGUCCUGGACGUGCUAUACAACAAUUGAUCCAACAAAAUGUACGUUGUAUCAUUUUAACUAGUGGUACACUCUAUCCAAUUGAACCAAUAGAAGCUGAAUUAAACUUGAAAUUUCCCAUAUCACUCCGUAAUCCUCAUGUUAUUAAUCCAGACCAAUUGAAUUUAUCAAUUAUACCACGUGGACCCGAUGGAGAGAAAUUAAAUGCCACCUAUUCUGUACGAGAAACGUCUGCUUAUCGAAAUUCAUUAGGUCUACUAUUAAUUCAAUUAGCUGAAGUCGUACCUGCUGGCCUAUUAAUAUUUUUUCCAUCAUAUGCGUUUAUGUCACAGUGUAUCGAAUUUUGGAAGAAUGGUGAUAUUUAUGAAAAUUUAUCAAAAUUUAAACAUAUUUUUAUUGAACCACGUGAAAAAAGUCAGUUCAACAAGAUAUUUAAUGAAUAUCGAAAAACUGCAUGUAUUGAAAAUUCACUCGGCGCAAUUCUUUUCGCUGUAAUGCGUGGACGUGUAAGUGAAGGGUUAGAUUUAGCUGAUAAUGCUGGUCGAGGUGUCGCUAUACUUGGUAUACCUUAUGCACCAAUUCAUGAUCCUAGAGUACUUCUAAAAAUGUCUUAUUUAGAUGAACAAUUUGUUAAAUUGAAAUCUAAUUCAACAAAUGAUCAACAGCAAAAAACUCUGAUUGAUAAAUAUCCAACUGGUCGUCAGUGGUAUAAUCUACAAGCAUGGCGUGCAAUCAAUCAAGCCGUAGGAAGAGUAAUUCGUCAUUACAAAGAUUAUGGUAUUAUAUAUUUAUGUGAUGAACGUUUUGCAUCGAAUAAUGCACAAAUGAAUUUAGCUGGUUGGAUGCAAACAAAAUGCAAAAUAUACAAUAAGGUGGAAUUACUUGUAAAAGAUACAUAUGAAUUCUUUUGUAAUAUGCGCAAUAAAUAUCCAUCCAUCGAUCGACCUGUUGACACUACUUCAAUUGUAAAUAAUAUGUUAACUGAGAAUAGUUCACUGCGAUCAGUAAAUCGAACAAAACCAUCUUUAGAAAGAUCUAACUUGAUAUCAAAUCUCCCUUCGGCUUUUGAACUGAAUAUAUUCAGUCCAAAUGUGAAUGAUUCAGUUACUCUCAUAACAAGUUAUCAUUCGGAUCACUCACCGUGUUCAUCAAAACUUCAUGAAUGUAAUGUUGAUUAUAAAAUAGAUUCUAUCUCGUCAUCAGCAUCCAUAUUUGAUACGGUGUACAUUGAAUCAGAGAAUAUAGACCAGAAUAAAUAUAUAUCAAAUUCUAAUUCAUACUCUGGUGAUCUAUUAGAACAGAAGUUAUUACAACGAAAACCAUGUAAACGAAUUAAACUUUUGGAACAGAAAAAUAAUUCUAUAGAAUUAUCAGAAAAUGUUUCAUCUACAACUAUUGUAAAUAAUGAUAAUUCUUUAUCAUCUAAAUAUAUGACCUUGUUAAAAUCUGUUCUUAAAUCGAAUGGAACCAAUGAAUCUGUUUAUGCAAGUCGUCUAAAUGAUUUUAAACAAGUUAUGAAAGAAUAUAGACAAGCUAUAACACUAAAUCAAAAUACAUUGAUCAAUCAGUCUAAUCAACUGGUAGAAGUAUUAUUCACUCAAUUAUCUAGAAUAUUUAUACCAUUAGAAGCACCUGGACUUUUACAAGAUGCCAUUUGUUUUAUCUUACCGGAGCAUCGUAAACGUUAUGCUGAAUUGUGUCAUAAUUUGACGGGGUUACCAAUUAUUCAAUCAAAUUCAAUAAAUAAGACUGUAGAUACUUCAAAUCAAGUGUCUCGCAGCCUAGCAAUUAAUCCAAAUCAGCCAGUGAAACUAGAGAAUAUACCUGAAGUCUCAAUGAAAUGUUGCAAAUGCUCAGCUGAUCCGGCACAAGUCCCAGUGAUAUCAUGCUGUAAGCACAUAGCUUGUUUUAAAUGUUGGCGACAUAUCAUCGACAAAGGUGAUCAUCAAUGUCCUGUAUGUAGAAAAUUACUGAGACGACGUGACUUAUCACGUUUGACACAAAAAGAGGAUACGGAACAAAAUCUUUAAAUUUUAUUAUUCAAAAAACUGUGAAUCCGUAAGCUGAGGAAUUGUGUUCGUUAUUCUUAUUUUUAUACGAGAAUAAAAUAGAUCGCCCCUAUACAAUGUUUCUUAAUAACAAUGACAAUUUUUCUUUAUU